CCACCUCCGGUCUCGGGUGUCGGCGGGAGCUUGACACCGCCAUGUUCCAGAGGAGGGCGAGUUCAGCGAAAAGACGGAGUCAGCCUGUCACUCAUAAUUAAGGAACCACAGCGGGAGUAAACUGGUAGGAAAAGCUCGGCCCGCGGAGGUACUACAUUCGUGGCUUGUUGUUGUUGGACCUCGAGGUCGCGGCGGCUCCCCUCCUCUUCCACUACACCACCACACGCCGAAAACUAUGAACCGGCGCGGCGCAGUGGGACCUUCGCGUCGCGUCCCGCCAACCGGGAAUCGCAACACUUUUUCGGGCUUCAACUACUAAAGGCACGACCAUAACAAAACUUAGCGCGUGAUAGCUUCUUUUUUGUUUGGGUGCGUUUGUAGAAUAAAGCGACACUGAGGAGGCUAGUUCGACAUUUCGACUCCCACCAGGCGACUUUCGAAGGACUCACUGGCACAAAGAGGACACUCCCAAACCGGAGAGUUCCAUUCUAUUGCCGAACUCCCAGACGGGGAGAAAGCCAGCGAGCAGCAGCUAUGAGCGGGGGAGACGUUGUGUGUUCAGGGUGGCUGCGAAAGUCUCCGCCGGAAAAAAAGUUGCGACGUUACCGCGAGGGAUAGAGGGAUAGAGGAGCCGCUCCCUGGCGCCCCGGCGAAGCUUGGCCGCCCCUUCCUGUGCAUGGAAGAAGCGGUGGUUUAUGCUUCGCAGUGGCCGUUUGACGGGCGACCCAGAUGUGCUGGAGUACUACAAGAAUGACCACGCCAAGAAGCCCAUCCGCGUGAUUGACCUCAACUUGUGUGAGCAGGUGGAUGCCGGGCUGACGUUCAACAAGAAGGACUUGGAGCACAGCUUCAUUUUUGACAUCAAGACCAUCGACCGUGUCUUCUACCUUGUGGCUGACACGGAGGAGGAGAUGAACAAGUGGGUGCGCUGCAUCUGCGACAUAUGUGGCUUCAACCCCACCGAUGACGAGGCUGCCAAAGCUGGCCAGCAGUCGGCCAUCGGGGGCCUGGUGGUGGACACCCCUCCGCACACGGCGCUUGGCAACUUGGUGGGUCAGCCGGCGGCAGCCCUGACCGCCGUGCCACCUCCCUACCAGCCGGUCAGCGUGCGGCAUCUGGACUCCCAAUCCAGCACGGAGGAGCCCCAGGAUUACUUGUGGCUAGUCAACUGUGAGAGCAAAAAGCCCGAUGCCAACAGAGCCCACACUGAGUGUUCCAAGUCUACCUCCUCCGAGACGGACCUGAAUGACAACCUCCCGUCACACCGAACGCCCACGUCGUCCACGUCAUCGGCCAAGCACAGCUCUCAGAACGGCUUCUUUGCCGGGCACCCGGCCCCCGCCUCUGCUUCGUCCCUAUACGACUCCCCGCCGUCACGGGGCGCCUCCCUCCUGAGCGACAACGGCCUCUACCACCUGCCACGCAGCUACUCUCAGGACACCGUGCUGCUCCCCAAGUCGGCAUCGUCCCCCACGGCCCACCAGGACGUUGGCGGCGAGGGGUCUGAACUGUACGUCUUCAACACCCCCUCACGAAAGCCCUCCGUGGAGACGCAGAUACGCAAUCUGUCCAUCAGCUACGACAUCCCACCCACGCCCGGGGCUAACUCUACCUACCAGGUCCCCCGCACCAUGUCGUCCUCGGAAGGCGGGGGGGACGUCCUGCCCCCUCCCAGGCCACCCAAGCCCAUCUCCGGACCCCCGCCGGCCCACGCCGAGCGCUCCCCCACAGACACUUAUUACAUGCCUCGCUCGGCGUCAGAGACCGACGGAAACUACUGUGUGCCUACAAGUGCUUGCAAUAAAGCUUUACGCAGCAACACUAUUGGAACCGUCGACUGUUCGCGCCUACGCAAAGAUUUUGGUUCCCAGGACUGCUACGACAUUCCCAGAUCCUUCCCAUCAGACAAGAGCUGCUCAUUCGACUUCAACGAAAGUUUCAACAGCUACUUUAAAAAUAAAGGCAUGUUGCCCGUGAGCAGCAAGUCCACCGAGGAGGUGGACCAGAACUACGUCCCCAUGAGUGCCAAUUCCCCGUCCCACCACCACUCGGGCAGCCUGUCGGAGCCCGUGCACGAGACCAACUACGUGCCCAUGACCCCUAGCACCAUGGAGUUCUCCUCGCUGGGCAAGCAAGUGCCGCCUCCCGCCCACAUGGGUUUCCGUUCCAGUCCCAAAACUCCGCCGCGGAGGCCCAUGCCCAGCGACUGCCAGCCGCCGCCUGUGGACCGGAACCUCAAACCGGAUCGCAAAGGUCAGAGUCCUAAAGUAAUAAGAGCAAAGGGGGUCGGUUUAGAGCGAACCGACUCCCAAACUGUAGGCGAGUUCCCACGGGGACGCCGCAAGGGAAAACCCGCGCCACUGGAGAUCAAACCCGUGCCCGAGUGGGAGGAGCCCUGCACGCCGGUCCGCUCGCCCGUCACUCGCUCCUUCGCACGGGAUCUCUCUAGGUUCCCCAUGCCCGCCCGGCCCCCAUCAGUGCAUAGCACCGCCUCCAGCACUGACUCCGAGGACAGUGAUGAGAAUUAUGUAGCCAUGCUCUCUAAUAUGAAGAACCAGUCAGAUGAACCAAGCACAAAGCUGAGCGCACCGAUGACUGUGGACGGCGGGAGUAGCCCCAUGGUAAAGCCCAAGGGAGACAAGCAGGUGGAGUACUUGGAUUUGGACCUGGACUCCGGCAAGUCCACUCCACCUCGGAAGAUGAAGAGCAGUGGCUCUGGCAUGGCAGCGUCGGAUGAGCGUGUGGACUACGUGGUGGUGGACCAGCAACGGACGCAAGCCCUUAAGAGCACCCGUGAGGCCUGGAACGACGGCCGCCAAUCCACAGAGACGGACACGACAUCCAAAGGAGCCAAAUCGAUUAUUUUGUUUAAAAUUUGAAAGCCCUGCAAAAAUGGCUGGACGUCUUACCUACAGGAACGUGCCCAGCUCGCGGCACGUUACGAAGUUUGGAGAUCCGUUGUUCAAGUGCAAAGAUGGUGGAGGACCAUUAAAGGAAGACCUCCUCAAGUUGACGCUAAGACGAUCAAGAAUUGUCAUGCAAAACUCAUCGCUACAGUGACCCAGAGGUAGUGCAUGUUGUUCAAGAGAUGUUCACGCAUAGCCAGAAAAAGUCAAUUUGACAAGCAGCAAGGGAAAGUGGACUUUCCUUUCACUGUGUGCGAACUGUGCGCAAAAAGGAGCUUAAACGGCGUGCUUGGAAGCCGCACUGCUGUCAAGCACUCUCUGCUGCAGACCGCGACAUUCGUAUUGGAGUGUGGGGAGGCGAUGAUAGCUUAGUAUCAAGAUUGGUCUGAUCUCUUUAAAAAAUAUCCUCUGGAGUGAUGAGGCGGUAUUCCACAUCAGUGGGUUUGUGAACCGUCACAACUGCCACUACCGGACGGGAGAAGAUCCUCGUAUUACCUCAGAAAAAAUGCAGAAUUGGUAUGGUAUGGUGUGGAAUGACGUCGGACAGGAUUGUGGGUCCCUUCAUCCUUUGGGAUACCAUGAAUGCCAAAAGGUACCUCACCAUGCUGAAAGAUGAAAUCUGGCCGCUUAUCAGUACUUGGGAGAAUAUUGAAGAUUUAAUUUUCAUGCAAGAUGGCGCUCCUCCACAUUAUGCUAUUGUUGUUCGUGAAUGGCUGAAUGCCCACUUCCCUGGGAGAUGGAUGGGUCAUCGUGGUCCGUAUGCGUGGCCAGCCAGAAGUCCUGUCUUAGCACCGUGCGACUUUUUUCUGUGGGGUUGGUUAAAGUAUUCUACCAAACCAACGAAUUUGGAAGAACUUGAAGGGUGAAUACGACAAGUUAUGUCUUCCAUCCCACAAGAGUUCCUUGUGAAAUCAGUUAAUGCGGUUCCCAGGUGGCUUGAGAAACUGGUGGCUCAUGCUAGCGCCUAUAUCGAAUUUUAAAUAAAACUCCAUGCAAUACA